AUGACCCCAGUGCCCUCUGUGGCUACGGGCACCAGCAUGACCCCGGUGCUCUCCAUGGCCACUGGCACCUUCAUGACCCCUCGGGACGUGUGGGAGAGGAGCAUGAACACAUCCAGGGGAAGCCUCCCCUGUGCCAAGGACAGUGCUGCGGAAACAGACUCCCUGCUCUGGCACUGUCCCCGGGAGCAGCUGAAGACCCUGCCACGGGCAGAGCUUGAGGGGAGGCUGGAGAGCACCCUCAUCAUCAUCGAGGCCCUCUCGCUGCAGCUGCGUGACUGGCAGGAGAGCCAGCGGCCACGGCCUGGCGUGGGGCCGGCCAGACAGAGGGACGCGUUCACACAGACGGACACCACCCACCCCGAAGGGAGCACCUGGAGCAGCCAGAGCCUCCUGUUCCAGGGCCUCGUGGAUGCUGCUUUUCGGAGCUUGCAGGAUGAGCAGGGAGCCCUGGUGAAGGAGCGGGAGCAGGAGAGGACCGUGGUGUCCCAGUGCCAGGCUAUGCUCGAGAGUGCUCCUAGCAAGGUGCAGAGCUGCCUGGAAGAGCAGGAUGCCAUCAGGCAGCGAGUGGAUGAAGCCCUACGAGCCAAGGAUCAGGGAUAUCUCUUCCUGGAGGCUUUCUGUGCCCACGCCAGCGCCCAGAUCAGUGCCCGUGACCAGAGCCUGGCCUCCCAGCAAGAGCUGAGCAUGCUGCUGGCCCAAGCCAUCAACCUGCAGGCAUCCCUGUCUGCUGAGGCGCAGUCUUUCCGAGAAUUCUUAGAUAUCACCUUUGAAAAUCUGGAGAAGGAAAGGAGAGCCCUGGAUGAGGAGCGGGAGCAGAUGAGGGCCCUGGUGUCCCAGUCCCAUGCCCUGUUGGAGCGUGUGCCUGGCAAGCUGCAGAGCUGCCUGGAGGAGCUGGCUGCCACACGGGAACAAGCAGAGGAAGCUCUUCAAGCCAAGGAGGAGGCAUCCUGCCAGCUGGAGAAGACCUUGGUGACCCUGCAGGACACAGAGGCUCAGCUGGAGGAGCUGACAGUGGCCAACUCACGCCUGGGCAAAGACCUGAGCUCUGUGAUGAUAAAUCUGGCCAGCAUGGAGCAGGAGCGGGAUGCGCUGCAGCAGGAGAACGAGAAGCAGUGGGAGGAGAUGGCCCAGCUGGCUCAGGAGAGGAACUCCCUGAAGCAGGAGUGCCAGGAGCUGUGCCAGGAGCUGGGGGAGGCCACCGAGUGCCGGGAGUUCCUGGAUCAGGAGAACCAAAUGUGCCGCACGCAGCUGCUGGAGGUGGAGGCCAGGCUGAACUCCACGCUGGCCACGCUGCAGGAGCGCGUCCUGCAGCACAAGGAACUGAUGGAGUCCCACCAACGCCUGCGGGAAGAGCAGGCUGCCCUCAGCAAGGAGCUGGACAGCACCAAGGCCGAGCUCCUCAGCUUGCAGACAAAGAGGAACAAAGUUUCUUGGUGCUCCACGGACAUUAUGGAGAGCAAGAUGAGGUUGCAGGAGCUCGCUGACUGCCUCAAGGCUGCUCUAGAAGAGCAGGAUGAUGAUGAUGAUGCUCCAUCGAGAAGCAAAGCCUGGACCCCAGGUCCCCGGACCCCGGGCUGGCAGACCCCACGCCGUGCCUGGACCCCGGCCUUCCGCACCCCAGCCUUCCACACCCCGGCGUGCCACACCCCACACCGCGCCGGCAGCUCCUUUGUGGGCAGCGUCCUGAAAGCUGUGGCAGGGAAAGAUGCCAAUGAAACCAGCAGAAGUGGGGGUACAGCUGCCAAGGACAAAGUUGCAUCUGUGUCAAAGGCAAUAGAUCCUGAGGACACUCUGCUGGAGAGCGUGAAGGAGCUGAGAGCUGUCGUCUCCAACCUUGCCGUGCUGAGCUCCCGCAUCCAGGAACUGGAGCAGAGCGAGUUCAGGGCACUGCAGACAGAGAUCUCUGACCUGCAUCUCCGCCUGGAGACAGUGACAGCUGAGAGCCAGGAGAAGGUGGAUGCCCAGGCUGCCACCAUUGCCAAGCUGAACAAGGCACUGAGGACCAAGCUUGAGAAUGAGAAGGAGCUGCAAGAUGUGGUGAAACAGCAGGAAGAGAAGAUGUUGCAACUCAUCGACAAGAGUGGGGAAGUCAUGAGGCUGAAGGCAGAAGUCUCCGAGCUGAAGCGCUUGCUCCAGCGUGCAGAGACAGAGGCCAAGGUGCUGUGGGAGGAGAUGAGGGGCAAGGAGCACCAGGUGGAUAAACUGCGGCUGCUGCUCGUGGAAAAAGAGGAUGAGAACAUACGGCUCACUGACAAGUACCUGGAGCAGGUCCGAGGGCUGGAGAUGAAGUUCCAUCAUACCCAGAAAGUGCUGAGAACCCACGAGGAGAGGCAGGAGAAGAUAAAAGAGGUCCUGUCGGCUCUCCCUGAGGUGGCUCUGGGUUGCCAGGAGCUCCAGAGCCUGCUGCGCUACCUGGGCCUGAAGCCAGCCAGCAAGGAAGCUGCUGAGCCGCUAUAGCCUGUAGCCUGAAACCUUUCCUGUUGUUAAUGUUGUAAUUAUUUAUUGAAUAAAGUUGUGUUGG